AGUUGAGGGUUAUAUGAUGUCAUUAUACCGGUAACUUGCGUACGGGGUUUGAUGUUGGUUAUACGGGGUACUACGCACGAAUGGCGGGAUCUCAUUCAGUGAAGAGUGAAAAGUUGGAGGAGAAUGAGGGUGAGCUUGGAGGUCCGAUGUUUAGUCCUCCGUUGUAUAGACAGCGCUACGACGUCGUUUGCGACAUUGUGAGAAAGAUGGAAGCGAGAAAAGUUGUGGAUAUGGGCUGUGCUAGUGGGAAACUAUUGUGGCAUCUGAAAUGGAUUGAUUGCAUUGAAGAGUUAGCCGGUGUUGAUGUCGAUGUCACACAGCUGCAGGGAAAUUCACACAUCUUGUGUCCUCUUACUACUGACUAUCUGAUGCCGAGAAAAAAGCCGUUGAAUAUUUGUCUGUUUGAGGGAUCAAUUGGUAGUGCUGAUUCGAGACUAUAUGACUGGGACAUUGUGUGCUGUGUUGAAGUAAUCGAGCAUUUACACACAGGCACACUCGCUCUUGUCCCACACGCUUUAUUCCAUCAACUCCAACCCAAGGUCGUCAUCGUCACAACUCCAAACUCCGAAUUCAACAUCCUCUUUUCUAACUUCCGCGAUUUUCGUCACUGGGACCAUAAAUUUGAGUGGACACGAGAUGAAUUCCGGUCUUGGGCCGAUGGCAUUGCUAGUGAGUUCAACUAUAGUGUCGAGUAUAGUGGAGUUGGUGAAGGCCCUCCUGGCUCGCUGGACAAACUGGGCUGGUGCACACAAAUCGCCGUUUUUACUCGUCUCCAUAUUGAUAGUGAGUGCGCGCAAUGUAUUGAGGAGAAUUUGCAGCCAUAUAGAUGUAUCAAAGAGAUAUCACAUCCUCAUCAGCUGCAGACACCUCACACUACACUCCAGCAGUUGAACGACGAGCUAACCUACUAUUGUCACUUCCUAGCUGACAUCGAUUGUGGGACUGAAACAGACGAGGAAGACGCUGAGCGAGUGACACACACGGUUUGCAUUCGACUCGAGCGGCUCAUGAAAUUUGGUCGGAUUAAGGAGUUGUGUCCAGAUCUGGAUGAAUUGCGCUCUUGCAUUCGUCAAACAGAACAAUUUCAUUUGUCUCCUGAUGGCGACAGCGUAUUAUACACACACAUCUUGAUGAGUAGUAGUAAUGGGUGGAAUGUUGAUGAUGAUGAUGGUGGUGAAAGUGAUGUGGUGGAUGACUACCAAGUGGACAAUGAGAGGCGGGUUGAAAAUUGGAAUCAAACAAUCACCACAAGCCCAAAGGAAACAACCGAAACGUGGGAUUGACUGUCAACACUCUCAAUGUUUGUCUGCAUUUCAACUUAAUUCUGUUUUGAUUUUGAACUCAAAGAAUGUAGAAACGAACACAAUGAUGUAGAUACUAACGUUCACGCUGAUGUACAUCACAAGCGGCCAAAGUUCGACCGCCUAACUCUUGUAUCAUCUUCUCUGUUGAUAAAUCAUCGAAUGUUUCUUUCAAGAGACGAAUGCCUCCUACACAACACAAAUAGGUGGGAAGAGUGAGGCAAUAGUGACCAAAUAUUGUGACUGACUUGAAACGUUUGCGAGAUGUGCAAGAACCCAGACGGCCCAUAAGUUCAGUUGCAGGGCACUUUCUGCCUUUCAAGAGAAUCUUUGUGGUUGGUUGUCUCUAUUGGAUGUCCCAGCAUUUGGAUUGUGGCCUCUUGACAACAGUAAUUGGUUGCAGUUUGUGAUUGUCAAUGGGAUUAUGUAAUUAUUAUUGAUUAUUUGGGUAGCAGCCUAGUAUUGGUGUUAUACUAGAAUUGAAGACAUUUCUUAUGAAAAUGAGGAGAUAUGUAGGGAUUGCAUAGAAACAAUACAAAAAGGGAGGAAAGAGAGGGGAGAGGGAGAGAGAAUGCACA